AUGGAGUUUGACAUUUGCGCUGCGAUCCGUGACGAGAGCGACCUAGAAGACGCGAAGAGUGACCUCAAGGAGGCGACGAUGGCUAUCAAACAGGCCAAGACAGACCUCAAGAAGGCGACAAAGGAGCUCGAGAAGACAAGAGAGGACCUCGUCAAGGCGACAAAGGCGCUUGAUGACAUGGAGAUAAGGGCCGGAGGUCUGCUUCAUGCUCUUGACAUGAAGAUCGAAGUGGAGACGUCAACAGAAAGUGUUUUCUCCGAUUCGGAGUAG